AUGGAGUUCUGCUCCGGCGGCAGCUGCGCCGACCUCAUGAAGCCCGGCCUCAUCGGCGAGGAGUACAUCGCCAUCAUCGUGCGCGAGCUGCUGCUCGGCCUCGACUAUCUGCACUCGGACAAGAAGCUGCACCGCGACGUCAAGGCCGCCAACGUCCUCCUCUCCUCCAACGGCCUCGUCAAGCUCGCCGACUUUGGCGUCUCCGGCCAGCUCUCCGCCACCAUGACCAAGAAGAACACCUUUGUCGGCACCCCCUUCUGGAUGGCCCCCGAGGUCAUCAAGCAGUCCGGCUACGACCACAAGGCCGACGUCUGGUCCCUCGGCAUCACCGCCCUCGAGCUCGCCCUCGGCGAACCCCCCUACGCCGACAUUCACCCCAUGAAGGUCCUCUUCCUCAUCCCCAAGAACCCGCCGCCCCGCCUCGAGGGCAACUUCACCAAGGCCUUCAAAGACUUUGUCGAGCUCGCCACAGCCGCUGGGCCGCCACCCACAAGGGCGACGACGACGACAGCCUGCACGGCGAGGACGAGUACUACGAGAGGGAGCGCGUCGACGAGGACAUGUGGGACUUCGGCACCGUCCGCCUCGUCGGCGACAGGGGCGGUCUCGUCGCCCGCCCGGGCCUCCUCAACGCCAUGGACGAAUCCGCCACCAACGCCCGCGCCCGCCCGCUCGACGCCGACGCCGACUACGGCGAACGGCCACGCGAGCACAGCCCCACCAAGGCCCGCGACUUUGCCCAGAACGCCCAGAUGGCCGCCGACACCCUGA